UGUGUAGUGUUGAGAAACAGCAGCAGCAGUUGCUAAAUUGAAUUCCAGGUUAAGAGCAGUUUCCCCCAAAUUGAGAGGAAAAACGAUUUCUCGAGGAUUCAGCAAUGGCGGCCAAAUCUUCGGUGAUUUACUUCCUCGUGUUGGCAUUGGUGGCUGGAUCUGCGUUCGCGCAGGCUCCGUCGGCUACUCCGAAGCCUGCUCCGACAGGAGUUCCGGUGGCCGCUCCGCCUUUGGCUACACCGCCAGCCUCGACGCCUCCGGCGGCGACGCCGCCGUCCUCCGAGGCUCCUUCUUCUUCUCCGCCUGCUCCUCCGACUUCGAACGCUCCUGCUGGUAGUCCACCGGUUGGUUCUCCUCAGCCAUCGAUUGCAGCCGCGCCUACACCUGGUGGUUCUGCUCUUGCGCCGAGCGCUGCUGCUUCGAACAACGUGAUCGUCUCCGGAUCUGUCGCCGCCGUAGUGCUGCUCUCCGCCGCUCUGUUUGCGUAGAUCUCGUGAUGAUUUAGCGCUUUUUUUUUUUGGAAACUUUUUUGUAUCGGUUUGUUAAAUUAUUUUGAUUUUUGAGAGUGAUUUGAUUUGUAUGAUUUGAUUUACACGACGUACGGAUUCUUUGAUCUACUUCUCUACUCGACCUUCUCUCUGAUGUAUUGUCGUUACGCACAGUAUUAUGUAAAAUUAUGCAUAUUAUGCAGUAAUCUCUCUUUUACUUUUC